AGCGUUUCGACCACAAGCCCGCCUACUUCCGGGUCAAACUGGGCCCGAACAGUCGUGGGCGGGAUGGUGCGAUGAAGGUGUCCGAUGGCGUCCGAAGGACGCUUCCUCGACGACCGCGACCGCAUCGGUGGCUUUGCGCGAUCUUGCUGCUUUCGACCUUGAAGUUGCAAGGCUGCUUCGGUACUCCAGAUCCCUGGACGUACAGCAUCACGCCCACGGGCGAGACCCUCAUCGCGACGACGCCGGUCAUCUAUUUGCAGCAGGUGCACUUCGGAACCGACGAUGGGCGGUUUGUGGCCUUACAUCAGCAGAACGGCACGGAGCAGUGGAUCCACAAGACGGGCGGGCGCAUCCGCUCAAGUCCCACGGUCUUCGAGAACAUCCUCUACUUCGGCUCCGACGAUGGCUAUCUCUAUGCACUCAAUGCGCGAGGUGGCAAGGAGAUGUGGCGCUUCCAAGCCAACGGCUCGGUCUCCUCAACGCCCACGGUCAACGACCGGCUGAACAGAUUGUUUUUUGGGGCGGACAAUGGCGUGAUGUACGGCCUACACAUCCAGGCGGGCCAAUUGGAGUGGUCCUACCAGACGGGCGGACCCAUUAGUUCUUCGGUGGCGAUGAGCCAAAACAUCCGACAAGACCAGAUCUACUUCGGCUCGGACGAUGGCUUCGUCUACGCGCUCCGCGAGAGCGACGGCCUCCUCAUGUGGCGCUUUGACACCUCUGGACCCGUGCGGACCACAGCGGCCGUCGACCACGACUUGGUGCUCGUGGGGAGCGGCUCCGGGAAGUUCUACGGGAUCCAGGAGCGUGGUGGUGUAGAGGUUUGGCACUUCGAUGCCAAGGCCGCCAUUUACACCUCCGCCGCUGUGCAUCGAGGCUUUGUCUUCUUCGGAUGCGACAACGGCAUGAUGUACGCACUGCAGGAGACCACUGGGGAGAAGGUCUGGGAAUACAACAGUUUUAGCCAAAUUCGCUCCUCCAUAGCGCCCGCGAUCGAUGCAGGGCUCAUCUACUUUGGCACUGAACAAGGAAUCCUCUAUGCCCUGAGCGAUUUGACCGGCGAAAAGGCCUGGGAAUUCAUCUCGGGAGGGCCCAUCCAAGCGGCCGCCGUGUGGUACUACAGCAUGAUCUACUUCGGCUCUGAUAAGAUGUAUCGCAUUUCCUCGAAGGGGCGCUUGGAGUAGAGCCCGGACGACCCAUGGGGAUGUCCCUCAUCAGCUGAUGUUUGGGAUGUCCCUCCGAGCUUUUGGGCCAGCUCCCAAGGUUUUUUCAAGGUUGCUGAAACUUAUUUAAGCCUAGUUCCUCAGAGGUUUUGUUCUGCUCUCACGCAUUUGGUCG